CGUUGGAGUAAAAAACCAAAAUGUUAUGUUAUUAGUUGGAAUUUUCUCUCGUAUGGAAUAUUUUUUCUUGACGUUUGAGGGUAGAUCUGCAACUGCCUAACAGUUUUUCUAUCGUGGAUGUCAUGCAAAUCGCUAGAAAGUUCCUUGGGGCUGCACUGUUGUGAUCCCUUGGCAAAAGCGCGCCAGAUAUGGCCAUGAUUGAGACAGUCCGUCAGAGACAGAAGAACUCCGUUGACUUCGCAUCUUGCUACGAUAAUCUGUGUGCUUUGCAGAACUCUUGUCCUCUGGGAUCAAUCACUGCGAACCUAGAUGAACUCAUCAUUGAUUGCAAUGCCGAUCGGAUCCGCCAUUCGGACUGGACGCCGAUCUUGAACGCGCUAAAGAUCAACAAGACUUUAAAAAGUGUCGCAUUCAGGAGUUAUUGGCAGCAAACGCUUUAUCCAGAUGAAGAAGUAACAGAGCAACGUUUACAAGCACUGAGGAAGAAAGCACCUGCAAUCCGCAGCAAGGAUAUCACAUACAGGGUCUGCAGGGCAGUUAAAGAGUGUUUAGCUGUUACAGAGAAUCUGACUUCUUUGAAUUUUGAAGGAAUUCCGCUGAGAGAAAGAGACCUGACAUGCCUGGCAAAG